AUGUUCAACAUCACCACUACUGUCCAGAUCGCUUUGGCAGCAAUCGCCUCUGUGUGGAUAUGGAGGCGCACAAGGCUUUACUAUCGGCGCCGGAACCUGAAGCUGAUGCACGGCUGCAUGGACGUUCCCGAGAUUCCGGAUUGGGAUCCGAUCCUGGGCCUUGGGUUCACGUAUAAGUUCGUCACGAGUGACAUCAACCAACAGCGGCUCAUACACAACGUAACUCAGCAGCUCCAGACGUACGGCUAUACCCACGCAAGCAAAGUCAUGGGACACCGGCUGUUUUUCACGUGCGAGCCCGACAAUCUCAAAGCGGUCCUGCAGGGGCAGUUUGACCAUUUCGACAACGAGCUCCGUUCCGUGCCGGCGGGGCAUUUCAUGGGCAAAGGCAUCUUUCUGGCCGACGGCGAGAAAUGGCAACGAUCGCGGGCCUUGGUGCGGCCAAACUUUGCCCGAGACCAAGUCGCGGAUCUGGGGUCGCUGGAACGCCAUUUCCAGAUACUCCUCUCCAUCCUUCCCCAGGACGGCUCGGCGGUCGACUUGUCUCCGCUCUUUUUUGCCUUUACCAUGGACUCCAUCACCGAUUUUCUGUUUGGGGAGUCGGUAAAGGCGCUGCAGGCGCAUGCGUCGGCCGGACGGGCCGGUCCUGGCGGUGGUGGCGGUGGUGAAGGCGGAGGUGGCGUCGACGCGAACAGCCCCUGGGACCAGGAGGGGAUAGAAAAGUUCGCCGAGGCCUGGGAGUACGCGCAGAACGACAUGCUGUUCCGCUUCGUGCUCGGGCCCGCUCGCCACGUGUACCAGGACAAAAAGGCCAACCGGUGCGUCAAGAUGAUCCACGACCACGUCGACAGGUACGUGGACGAGGCGAUCCGCUUCCGCAACGAGGAGCUCGCGCGGGUCGGCGGCGAAAAGAGGACGGGGUCCGACGGGCGGUACAUCUUCCUCUACGCGCUGGCGGAGCAGACUCAGGACCGCAGGGUUUUGCGGGACGAGCUGAUGAACGUCCUCAUGGCUGGCCGUGACACCACCGCCGCGCUUUUGAGCAACCUGUUCCAUACGUUUGCGAGACGGCCGGACGUUUGGGCAAAGGUGAAAAACGAGGUGCUGCACCUCGAGGGCAGACUGCCGAAAUACGACGAUAUACGCAACAUGACGUAUCUGCGGUGGUGCAUUAACGAAUCUCUACGCCUGCAUUCUGUAGUCGGCGUCCUGGGCAAGCAAGCAUCGUUCGACACCACUCUACCGCGCGGCGGCGGGCCCGGCGGCAAGUCGCCCAUAUUCGUCCCCAAAGGCUCCGUGGUCAUGUACAGCAUGCUCGCGCAGCACCGGCGCAAGGACCUCUUCGGGGAAGACGCGCUCGAGUUCCGCCCGGAGAGGUGGGAGACGCUGCGGCCGGGGUGGAACUACGUCCCCUUCAACGGCGGGCCGCGCAUCUGCGUGGGCCAGCAGUACGCCUUGACGGAAGCGUCCUACCUCGUUGUGCGGUUCGCACAGACCUUUGCCGCCGUCGAAAGCCGCGACCCGGAGCCCUGGAGCAUCGGGAAACGCCUGUUGACUUGUCCGAUGAACGGGACCGUCGUCUCGCUCCGCCGCUGA